AUCCAGGCCAGUAUUGAUCAGUGUGUGUUUACAUAGAGAGCUGAGCAGUGUUGUCUCUUCGUUCACUGUCAGUCAGUGCCACCAUGCUUUCUGUGGUUAUACAAAAGAGUGCCGUCACUUUGCAGUGCUAUCUCCUCCAUGUUACUUUGAGCUUGCUGCUACUAAGCAAAGCUGCCCUCACAUCAGUGAGCAAUGAAGAGCCCAGUGUUCGUGAAGCUCGGUCAGUGGGUGAUCAGCUGGUAGUUCGGGACUGUGUUUUGUCAGAAUGGAGCAGGUGGUCUCGCUGUGACACCUGCCAGAAAAAGCGAUACCGCUUUGCUAAACUCACCCAGCCAUCUCAGUUUGGUGGAGAGCCAUGCAAUUUUCACGGCAGGGAGGAGGAGGCCUGCGAAGUUCCAGCUCGCUACACCUGUGACAACGUUCCUUUGUGUGAAGGUUUCCUCUGCACCCAAACAGGUCGCUGUAUACCAAGAACUCUGCAGUGUAAUGGCGAGGAUGACUGCGGGGACAUGUCAGAUGAAGCAGGCUGUAAGAAGGGUCAGAAGCCCUGCAGGCAGCAGGCCGAGGAGUACUGGGGAAUUGAGAAUCUUGCCAAAGGAAUCAACAUUUUGAACAGUAACCUGGAGGGAGUAGUGCUUGAUAACAGAUACUACGCCGGCAGCUGCUUGCCACACUACAUCCAAGAUGUCAGAUUCAGGAAGCCUUACAACUUGCAGCAGUACACUCUACAGACAAGGGGCUCGUAUGAUUUCACACUUGAGGCCUUUGAGACAUACUCUGACUACAUGUCCCACACCAUAAAGGAGCGAAUGACACAAACCACUGUUAGCAUUGGCUUUUCCUUUCCGGGUGUAUUUCACUUUGGCUUCAACUACAAUGAUGCCAAAGUCACCAAGUCAAUCCAGAAGAUUCGCCGUGCCUCAAGCAAAACUAACAGCUUUGUGAAGGCCAAAGCAGAACUGGAGUUGGCCCAGUACAUGCUAAAGUCAGAUAAUCUGAUGCUUCACCCUGAGUUCCUACAGCAACUGCGCUCCUUGCCACAAACCUAUAUUUACGGGGAAUACCGACAGAUCUACAGAGACUACGGCACCCAUUACAUCACAGAGGCUGCUCUUGGAGGACAGUAUGAGUACACCCUCAUUGUGAACAAAGAAAAGCUAGAGAAAACAGAUUAUUCUUUGGACGACUACAAGAGAUGUGUGCAGUCAGGCCUUAGCGUUGGGGCCAACAUUUAUGGCGUUUACGUGUCGGGCGGUCUUUCCAGUGGAUCCUGUCAUGGUGUGCUGAAUGAGAUGGGAGAGGACACCUUGUAUGGCAGCAUGGUGGAGGAUUUCGUUUCUGUUGUAAAGGGUGGAAGCAGUGAAUCUGUCACUGCAUUGGUGGCUAAGAAGCUUCCCACCCCAAAGCUGAUGACCCUAUGGGGCGAGGGUGUACGUUUCAACCCUGAUUUCAUUCGCAGAACUACACGGCCGUUGUAUGAGCUGAUCACCUCCAGAGACUUUACCCAUGAUGCCACCCUGAAGAGAAACCUGAAGAGAGCCCUGUCAGAGUACCUGGAAGAGGCUAGUCCAUGCCGAUGUGUUCCCUGCAAAAAUAAUGGAGUGGCUGUUCUGAGAGGUACCAGGUGUGACUGUGUGUGUCCUCUGGGAUACAGUGGACUGGGCUGUGAGAUCACAAAGAGGCCAACAGAUAUUGCCAUCGAUGGCAGCUGGAGCUGCUGGGGUUCGUGGUCAUCUUGCAGUGGAGGAACAAUGACAAGGAGUCGCCAAUGUAACAACCCAGCACCCAGUAAUGGAGGCAUGUCAUGCAACGGACUGCAGCAGGAGCCUACUGAAUGCUUUUAAAACCUGUUCAAGAAAUCUUGCUUCAACAUUGGCAUAGAGAUUAAUAAACACUUCCCUGAAAAUAGAA